AUGUACUUUUCUUCUCAUUCUCUCAUUGCUUCUGUGCUCUUGGUCUCUGCCGUUCAAGCAUAUCCAGGAGUUCAAGCAGAUGCUGUUAUUGAUGUCCUAGCUACAGCCACAUCUGCAAUUGUCUUAGAGACCCCUCCACCUUCGGAAGGGAAUCUUGAAAAUUUAGGGUUGUUCAAAUUCUUCGCAAGAGCUGCGAAGAAAACAACGGCAAAAACAACGGCAAAAACUACUGUCAAAACAACAGAGGCUGCACCGACAACCCAGAAAACCACGGCUCCAGCAACAACUCAAAAGACUACGGCCGUGGUAACUACACCUACGACUACCCCGGUGAAAACCACCGAGACACCUACCACCACUUCAGUUAAGACAACUUCGAUUCCAACUACGUCAUCCACAUCCACCAAACCUACUUCUACUUUGACGAGUUCGACCUCGACUUCGGUUGUGGCACCCAGUAGUACGAGUACUACCUCCAAAUCCUCAAUUUUAAGCACCAGCUCAAUUCAGACAUCUCAAGUCUCAUCUUCCACGGUUUCUUCGCUCUCCAGCUCAAAGACCUCUAGCUCUUUGGUAUCCAGUAAAAGUUUUACUUCUGUAGCUACGUCUGCUCAAUUAUCGUCUUCUGCAUCUGGUUCAUUGACUAGUGUUAGUGGAGUCUCCGGAUCCAUUACCAGCACUGGCUCCUUGGCAUCUGGGACUGGCUCGACUUUGGCUAGUGGAUCUAUUUCUUCUGGGAUAGAUUCAAAAACCAUCGGAUCUCUCACCAGUACUGGAUCAGCACCAACAGGGACUGGGUCCAUUGCCAGCACUGGCUCCUUAGCAUCUGGAACUGCUUCAACUUCGGCUAGUGGAUCCCUUUCAUCUGGAACCGGUUCCAUCACCAGUGGAUCUCUCACCAGCACGGGACCACUAUCAUCAGGAACUGGCUCCAUCACCUCCAGUGGAACCAUAUCAUCAGGAAUUAGCUCAAGCUCAAGCUCAAUCUCAGGAAGUGGAACCAUAACAUCUUCCUCCCUCAUCUCCUCCUCCAGCAGUUCCAUUUCCUGCUCCGUCUCCAACACCGUAACCGACAUAACCUACUUCGUCUCCCCCGCCACCAACACCCUCGGAUCCGUAACCAAACUCUCCACCAUCUCCUCCACGGCCAUCCGAACCAUCGGCUGUUCCCUCAGCGCCACAACCGCCACAUCCACCAUCUCCUCCUCCGCAUCCAUUAGCAAAAUCGUCAUCCCAACCGGCUACGGAGAUCCCAUCGUGAGCGCCGAGGCAGGAAAUGCUGCGUUUUACAAAGCGGGCGCGGCGGGAUACUCAAGCCAGUUGAGCGUGUACAGCGCGGCGUCGACGAGAACGAGCGGUAUGACUACGAUGGCUUCUGCUACGGGGAGUAGUGUCUCGAGCGCGCAGAGCGGUUCGGGGUCAUCUAGCGCUUCGAGUGCCCAGAGUAGUCUUGCAAGUGGUACGACGAAGGAAAGUGUAAGCAAUAUUGCCACUACAGAUGUCUCGAGCAUUACUAGUGCACCGACCACUUCGGGGACGGCUGCUGCCACGGGGAUCGUGGGGGAGAUCUCUUCGCUUCUCCAUAUCUUUUGA